AUGUUCGCUUCGAGUUUAAUCACCGAUGAUAAUCAUGUCCCUGCGGGUAGCAGCAAUUUUGAUCGUUAUGAACUACAAAACGACACAACAAACUGUCAACAACUGUCAUCAAGCGGCCAUGCUAGUGCAUCACUAGUUCCGCAGCCUGAUUCGUGGCCACAUCAAAGCAAAAUGCAACGAAGUGCAAGUACGACGUCGCAAACAUUCAUUCCAUCCGCUCAAUUCGAUUCAAAUACAUGGAAUUUUUCAUCAUUGAACGUAAAUGCUGGCGGUUGUGGAGAUAGUCAUGCAAAUUCAGAUCAGUUAUUUGGAACUGAGUCGAUACUUCAACAAGCAGUACCAGGAACACUCGCCGUACCAAGAAGUUGGCAUAGUGAAAUUGUUGGUUCGACAUCUUCUACGUACAAGAAUGAUAUUGACUCGCAGUCGAUCAAUGACACGGAUAGAAGUGUGUACGAAAAACAGGAAGAAUAUAAAACAUUGAACACGACCGAUGGUCCACCAGUAAUAUUUUCGUCAAGGAGUGAAACAAAUCGAUUUCUCAACGAGCUGCCCCCAUCAUCGUUAAUCACAUCGAAUGGAACCAAUACUCGUAAUAGUGCUUUUGCAGAAUUCAAGAAUACUCCCAUCGAUGAAAGUUUCGAACAGAAUAAAAAUGUUGUUUUAACAGAGGAACAACGAGCUGCAAUAGCAAAUAUUGAUACUCAACAACCGCCGCCAAUGAUCAUUCGAAAAAAAGCAACGGCUAGUGAUAUGAUGUACCAACAAAAUAUAUCAGUGCGAUAUUUACAACCGCCGACACCGCCUCCACCAGGCCCAAUCAUCAUCCGUGAGGUUCGUCCGCCUCCAACAUGUCCAAAAUCUCCGAUUCAUAUUCGACAACGACCAGCGCCUAGCCGAACACCACCACCACUUAUUUUUCGAGAAAGACCUCCACCGAUUCCACCUCGACCGCCAUGCCAAGUCAUCGAAAAAUUGUUACCACCGCCUCCGCGUCCACCACGACGAUUAAUUGUCGAACAACUUGGACCAUGUCCUCCUAAACCAUCGGACGUGAUUAUCGAACGAUGGCUUCCGUACCGACGAAAUGAUCAACGACGAAUCUUCUACGAACGAGUGCCGACUACUUAUAGACCACCUUCUCCAAAUGUUCUCGUCAUGCAUGGGUCACCACAAGCACGUAUUCAUAAGGAAUUUAUUAAUCAAGGAGUUAGUCGUGCUGAUCCAAAUUAUUACCUUCAACAUUACGGACACGAAAUCAACUCGUCACAAUUACAUUCUCAGUAUGCUCAUAUAAUUGACGAGGCAACUCGUACUUUGCCACCCCCGCCGUUACCUCCGCCUCCACCGCAUCCGAGUGUCGAAUAUCAUACGUAUAAUCCAUCCGAUUCCAACUUUCAUUCGCACCCGUCUCCUUCGUUUAUAUCAAACAUUUGGGAAAGAAUGAAAUCAGCAGCACCAUAUCCGUCGCCUGGAUCCUAUCAAAAUAAUUAUCCAUCGUACAAUCAACAGAAUUCUCCCUACCCGUACACCAACCCGCCACCUUAUUCAAGUGAUCCUAGAGCAGUACCUCCGGUAGUACAACCAUGGUCUGGUCAUAAUUACCCAUCACCUUCUCUUCCUCUUAUUCCCCCUUCUCCUUAUCAAUCAAUUCAGCCUACACAAACAAUUCAAGUGCAAUCAGAUACCGAACUUCAUCGUGUUCUUUCUGGUUUGACCAAUGGUCGUGUACCAACUCCGUUGCGAGCUUAUUAG